GAGUGACUUCCCAUUUCUAAUACUAUCCAUACUGGCAGAGCCGCGGUUGUUUACAAAAAUAGUAAACAGUAAACAAACCAUUCUAGAUCUACUUUUAUACUUAUAGAGACAGUUUAACUUACUGGUACCAGGACCAGACAUUAAUGGAGAGGAUGAUAAAUUCAGACGCCACCAAUGCCGGAGCUCCCUUGACUGAUCUGUGUAAGCAACUCAUGUCGGAAGUUCAGAGGUCAUACUCGGAACAACAAAAAUUGUCUGAUGAGCUUCUGAGUUCAUUACAUUUUGUAUUCCAAGGACCAUUAUCUUCUGCUUUGGAAUUGGUAGAAAAAUCAUCAGUGACUCAUAUUGAGUCACCAAGUGGAAGGGCUUUGUUUCAGGUUAUUGGCACAUCAGGCACUCCCUAUACCUGCUUCCCCAACCUCAGAUAUUGUUCUUGUCCUGCGUAUAACUUUUCAGUGCUUCGGAAAGAGGAUCACCUUAUGUGCAAGCAUGUGCUGGCCAUACAGUUGUCAGAAGCUAUGGGCCGCAGCAAGAAACAAAGUGUCUCGGACGCAGAGAUUGGAAAUAUGAUCAAAGAGAUAGACUGAUGAUCUUGUGUGUCUGUGUGUGUGUGUAUGUGUGUGUAUGUGUGUGUGUGUGUGUGUGUGUGUGUGUGUG